AUGGUCUUCGGGCUGAGCUUUUCUAAUGUUGUCCAUCGCCCACCACAGGAGUUGACGCAUAUUUCGUUACUUGCUAAACCGUGUGAUGGUUGGCGUCAGAAGCGAGGUGGCCCAAUCAAGAUCUGGACUGAUACGGUCAGAAAAGUAUUUGAACGUAUAGGUGGACCAGCAAUAUAUGGACUUAGACGAUGGAAAAAGAAAUGGCUUAUAUUACUGUCGACGUUAGCAUCAGUCCGCGCCGAGUGGAAAUGUCUUACUCUUGUAGACUUGGAUCCAACCUAA